AUGCUGUCAAACCAGUACCAGAUCAGCGCCGGUGAUAUGGCGGCAAACCUACAGAAACUGCCAAUCGAUGGCAACAAUAAUAACAACAAUAACGGCAACAAUAUGCCAACUAAACAGCCAACACAACCACCACCAAACAGAUUGGCCAUCGGUUGGCUGGAUCUGACAUUUUAUGGCCGAUCGCUACUAUCAAUGUGUCGCCAACCGAAAACCAUAUUAAACGAAAUUAGCGGCACCAUUGAUUUCGGUACAUUAGUAGCACUGAUGGGACCGUCAGGUGCUGGCAAGUCGACACUACUCAAGUGUAUCAACGGUCGUACCAAGUCGGGUGUCGGCAAGUCGUCCACAAUAUAUUUGAGUAGCAGUCGGCCGAUUAGGUCGUGUUUUAUUGUACAAGACGUUACCGAACACCUGCUAAUGGGUUUAACAACUAUGCAAUCGUUGGUCUAUUCGUCCAAAUUGAAAAAUGUUGACCAAGAAGGUAGUGGUGGUGGCGGUCGAGUAGACCAUCGGCUGAAUGCCCGACGAAUGUUGGCCGACCUGAUGAUCGGCGAUACGGCCGAUACUUAUGUGCAAAACUGUUCGGGCGGUGAACAAAAACGACUGGCCAUUGCCCUCGAACUGAUGGCCAUCAAUAAGCCUAAUCUUAUGUGUAUUGACGAACCGACCAGCGGUCUGGACAGUAAUGCAGCUGAAAUUGUAGUUCAAGUACUGAAAAACGUGUCCCGCAAGCAUAACAUGGCAAUCGUGACGAGCAUACAUCAGCCCAACAGCGAUGUACUAAUGCUUUUCGAUCAGCUCUAUGUACUGGGAAAAGGUGGCCUAUGUGUCUACGAAGGUCCACCCAAUCAGCUCCGGGAUCAUCUAAGCCGAUCGGAGUUUGAAUGUACCGAACAUCAGGUUCCCAUUGAAUUGCUGUUGAAGAUUGCCUCCAAACCGGAUCACAAUCUCCAACGAUUAGCUAAUCAGACCGUAAAGUCGAGACAGUCGUUGAGAAACAAGUGCCUAAUCGAAGGACAGUUGGCUCCCAAUGGUAUUGAACCGAAAACACCCGGAUUUAACAUUAGCCAGACAUGGUAUCUGUUUCAGCGUACAGCUGCCUAUUCGUUCAAAUCCCAGUGGAAGGCAAUGGUCGGCCAGUUUGUCUGUAUUGUAGGACUGAGCUAUAUAUUGACAACAAUCUAUAAUAAAAAUAUCGGUCAACCAGACGGUUGUUUUGCACUUAUAGACAAUGAUUUGUCGGCCAAUGACGGCAAUAGUAGUGGUGUGACGACGACAGUCGGCUGCGAUAAGACAGUGGAAGUCCUUAAAGUCGAGUAUCUGUUGUCACAGAAUCUUAGGUUUACCUUCUUUGCCGGUCUGAUGAUACAGUUUCUGUUGACAGUGGGAACGACACUAAUAUUUGCCACCGAAGUCAAGAUAUUUAUUAAUGAACACAAAAAUGGUUGGUAUAGCACUGGUAGCUACUAUUGGGCCAAAAGUAUUGUCGAAUUGCCAUUGAAUUUGAUAAUAGCCCUGUUCUACGUAAUCAUACUCUAUCGGCUAAGCAAUCAAAUUGACGAACAAAAUCGUUUUGUCGGCUAUCUGAUAGUCAUAACGGCCGGUGCCCUGUGUUCACAGGGACUGGGCUUUACCAUUGGUAUUGUUGCCAAUACUAACGACAAGCUAGCCAUUGUACUAUCAGUCGGGACAUAUCUGACCUAUAUUAUGUUGUGCGGUUUUUUUGCACCCAUCGAUGAAUUACCCGAAUCUAUCCGAUGGAUAACYCAYGGRUCAUAUGUUAAGCAAACAUUUGAAAUGCAAUUGUUUCUGAUCUAUGGUUUCGACCGAUGCCCUCAGGGUCUGGAGUCGUCAAUACUAUAUCAGAAUAAUUUGCGUGAAUCGGAUAAAUUCUGGCGAAACGCCCUAAUACUGGCCAUACAUACUGUCAGUUUCCGAUUGACGGCACUGUUGGCCUUACUGUCCAAAGCCAAUACGUUUUCGUUGACAGGUUUUCGACGUUCAACGUCCUCCUCUCGGACAACACGUACAGACAAAUUGUUUAGCGAAACACCCGUACAGGAGAUUAAUAAUUACAUGUGA